CUCGAAUUCCAAGAGAUCAAGCGGGCUAGUGCUCCGGUCGCUGUCUCCCCGCGGUCGAUCCAGUCGUACAACUCUGCCGUCCUCAUCGGCGUUCGUGUCUUCCACGAGCUCGAGCUUUUACUCUCCGCCGUCGGCCUUCUUCCGCACCACGCUCCACCACCCAGAUCCGCCUCUCCGACGCGCGUCAAUCUAUAUUCCCAGAGUCCUUCGUCGUCGCCGACGUUCCAAUUCUCGAUCGACAGAUCCACAUCUCCCAAUCGCAACAUAUCCGUCGCGACGAAGCACACCAAUCACAUCUCCAGCCUCCCCGCGAGGAAGACGUGUAUGUGCUCUCCGACCUCGCAUCCUGGAUCGUUCCGCUGCAGUCUCCACAAGAACAAUCACCAGAACGGCCACGCCGGAGAGAGCUCGUUCAUGCCGAACAGGCUGAACAUGAGGAGAUCCGCGAUGGCGAAUUCGCUGGUGAGGAUCGGUUGCGUGGAAGGAGACUGGGUGAAGAGAGCGUUGCCGGCUUUGAUUCGACCGUCGUCGCGCGAAGGGUUCAGAAUCGGAUUCCACGCCUUUGUAAGGCUCGUGGAGUUUGAGGGCAUUAAUACACGGAGAACGACCCUAAUCUGUUGA